UGUAGUUAGGCAUAAAAAUUAAAAAAACAAUAAACAUCAAUACCAUAACGAUCCGACUUUUGACGCUGAUACCUUUCUUGUUUUGAACUUUUACUCUUGUAAAUUUGCAUCUUGGUAUUAUUGUUAUUAUUAUCAAACAUCAGAAACAAGCCCAGGUCUCUUUGAAACUAUUUAGUACAUACAAUCCUAGUAUCUACAAUUAUAUACCUUAUAUUAUAAGUUAUAUACCUAGUAACCUAACCUUGACCAUUCAAGUCACUCUAUCGUUUCAACAUCAUCGUCAGCCGCAAAGCCGCAACGCCGCCACGCCGCCCCUAAAAUACAACCUAAUCUGCUUGGCUGUUUCCCACAAGCUCCCGCAUCUACUUCAAGGUAUUUACCUUUUUUCUUCCAGACGUUUUUUUACCAAAACCUAUCAUAGUCUUACCCUACAUCCUACCGUUCGAACUUAUUCAACAUCAACAUCAGCCUUAUAUUUCUCUAGCACGACUUGGGCCACACAUUAACCUCCGCACCGUUUAGAACUAAGGUAGCCAUUGAAGAUGGCCCUGUUCGAGAAGUUAGAUAUCAACCCAGAUAAGGUGCCAAACACUAAACUCGCCCUCCACAUCCUCCAAAUCAUCCUGGCACUGGUAGUAUUCAUCCUCGAGAUCAUUCUAUUCCGAGCCCAAGAUUCCCUAAUAAACGGUAACAAUGGUUGGCCAUUCGGACUGUGUUUCUUAUCCAUCCCGGCCUGGAUCUACCUAGCCAUGGCCCCGCGAUUCGAACGGACCCGGAAGAUUGCCCAACCGCACGCCAUGGUUGUUACCGACACCAUCUUCACUAUCUUCUGGCUAUCCGGUUUCGCCAGCCAAGCCGCCUACAACACCGCCAACUCGUGUGGACAAGGUUGCGCCGUCAGCAAGGCCAUUGUCGGCAUUGCAUUCUUUGAAACCCUCAUUUGGGUUGCGACAACAGCCGUCAGCGUGUACACGCUGCGCUACUACCAACGCACCGACGGGCUACCGGGAUACGAGAACCUCGGGCAGAGCCAGAACAUCGACCCGGACAAGGCUGCCUUCUCGAUGGCGCCGCACGACGAGGAAGCCUACGCCCCGGUGCAGAUGGACGACCACCAUGACGACCACACCGACACGCACGACCAGCCCUACGACCCGGCCGACACCUUCACCGGCCGCUUCGACAACGACACCGCCUACCGACCGCACAGCGUUUCCCCAGCCCCGCUCGAGAACCCCUUCGACCAGGCCUACCGCACCCACAGCACCUCGCCUUCCCACACCGACCUCUACGGCGGCGCCUCGGCCUACGGCUCCCACUCCUCGCGGCCUCAGAUCUACGCGCCGCCCGCCGCGGAGGACUACGACGACGAUAGGCCCGUGCAAUUCCCGAGCGCGAACUACGACCGCACGUUGCAUUAAGCUGAAGCUAGGUCCGAUGGUGUGUGGGCGGGUGAUUUGCUCGCCGUUUGGCUGCUGACGAGAUUAAUGGUUUAUCGAUUCAUUCUACGAGGAUACGAUAGUAGCAGUCCGGUGGCAACCAUAUCGUGGGUGGUCGAGUGAGUGAGUGGUCGAGUAAAGAGGCCGAGGAAGAGAAAGCAAGGAGGGAAAUGGGCAGUAUGUUGAAACCGAGGACGAGAGAGAAAAAAUGAGAGAAGGAGAGAGAAAGAGAAAGAGAAGUCGCUUGGAACGGAAAGAAAUCAAGUUGGGCGGAUUUAGUAUUUUAAAAAGAUUCACGAAACGGUGAUCGGUGUUCCGGACGGAUAUUUACAUAUAUUGCUCAUUACGGCAGCACUAAGGGGUACCCAGGAGACAGACAGUGUUUCUACGAAUUGUUAUACUUGUGCUUGCUUGCU